AUGUCAGCCCCUCCAGGAUUCGGCGGGCCGUCGGGCGGACAGCCGAACGGCGACUCGGGCAUGGAGGGCGACUUCUUCGGCACCCUCACACAGGCCGAGAUCGAGAAGAAGGCCAGGAAAUGGCGCCAGAGCCAGAAGCGUCGGUUCGAUAUGAAGCGCCGCGCAGGCGGCGGCGGCGGUAUCGACAUGGGCAAGUCGGACCUGCCACCUGAGCACAUUCGCAAGAUCAUCAAGGACCAUGGCGACAUGUCGAACCGCAAGUUCCGGAACGACAAGCGCGCACACCUCGGAGCGCUCAAGUAUGUGCCGCACGCGGUGAUGAAGCUGCUCGAGAACAUCCCGAACCCAUGGGAGCAGGUGCGCGAGGUUCCGGCAUUGUACCACAUCUCGGGAGCGAUUACAUUCGUCAACGACAUUCCCCGCGUGAUUGAGCCGGUGUACCACGCGCAGUGGGCGUCGAUGUGGCUGGCGAUGAGGCGAGAGAAGCGCGACCGUCGGCACUUUAAGCGCAUGCGCUUCCCACCGUUCGACGACGAGGAGCCACCGAUGGACUAUGGAGACAACGUGUUGGACGUGGACCCACUCGAGGCAAUCCAGCUCGAGCUCGAUGACGAGGACGACGCCGAGAUUAUCGACUGGUUCUACGACCCCCAGCCCCUCGAGGAUACGGAUCAGGUCAACGGGCCGAGCUACCGUACCUUCCAGAUCACGCUGCCGCAGAUGGCCAACCUGUUCCGCAUCGGUCGCCAGCUGCUCAGCGACUACACAGACCGCAACGCCUUCUAUCUCUUCGACAAGAAGAGCUUCUUCACCGCCAAGGCGCUCAAUAUUGCGCUUCCUGGUGGACCCAAGUUUGAGCCCCUGUUCCGCGACACGGACCCAUACGACGAGGACUGGAACGAGUUCAACGACAUAAACAAGGUCAUCAUCCGUGGCCUCAUCCGCUCCGAGUACAAGGUGGCGUACCCGCACUUGUAUAACUCGCUCCCGCGCUCGGUGCACAUUGACCUGUACCAUGAGCCAAAGAAUGUGUAUAUCAAGACGGACGACCCAGACCUGCCCGCGUUCUACUUUGACCCCUUGAUCAACCCGAUCUCGCAGCGUGUGGUUGCAGACGCGCACAGCCAGUUGGUGACGCACGAGGACGACGUGUUUGGAUUCGGGAACGAUGAGGAUGAGGACGACGCGUUUGAGAUGCCCGAGGAGCUCGAACCGUUCUUCGACUCGAGGCCGCUCGAGAACGAGUACACGGCCGACGCGAUCGCGUUGUAUUGGGCACCUUACCCUUACAACCAGCGGAGUGGCCGGAUGCGCCGCGCUCAGGACGUGCCGAUGGUCAAGAACAUGUACCUCGAGCACUGUCCGCCCGACCAGGCUGUCAAGGUGCGCGUGUCGUACCAGAAGCUGCUCAAGAUGUACGUUCUCAACGAGCUGCACAAGAAGCCGCCAAAGGCCAUGGCCAAGCGCAACCUGUUCAAGUCGCUCAAGAACACCAAGUUCUUCCAGUCGACGCGGAUCGACUGGGUUGAGGCAGGUCUGCAGGUCGUGCGCCAGGGCUACAACAUGCUCAACCUCCUCAUCCACCGCAAGAACCUCAACUACCUCCACCUCGACUACAACCUCAACCUGAAGCCGAUCAAGACGCUCACGACCAAGGAGCGUAAGCGCUCGCGUUUCGGAAACGCAUUCCACCUCAUCCGCGAGAUCCUGCGCUUGACCAAGCUUAUUGUCGACGCGCACGUCCAGUUCCGCCUGGGCAACGUCGACGCGUUCCAGCUUGCAGACGGUCUGCAAUACAUGUUCGCUCACGUCGGUCAGCUCACCGGCAUGUACCGCUACAAGUACAAGCUCAUGCGUCAAAUCCGUAUGUGCAAGGACCUCAAGCACCUGAUCUAUUCUCGCUUCAACACCGGUCCAGUUGGCAAGGGUCCCGGUGUCGGCUUCUGGCAGCCUGGCUGGCGUGUGUGGCUGUUCUUCAUGCGCGGCAUCGUGCCGCUACUCGAGCGCUGGCUCGGUAACCUUCUGGCGCGCCAGUUCGAAGGACGCAACUCGAAGGGAACUGCCAAGACUGUGACGAAGCAGCGUGUCGAGUCACACUUCGACCUCGAGCUCCGUGCGGCUGUGAUGCACGACAUUCUCGACAUGAUGCCCGAGGGCAUCAAGCAGAACAAGGCGCGCACGAUUCUUCAACAUCUUUCGGAAGCCUGGCGUUGCUGGAAGGCCAACAUUCCCUGGAAGGUGCCCGGUAUGCCCGCGCCUAUCGAGAACAUCAUCCUGCGUUACAUCAAGUCCAAGGCGGACUGGUGGACGUCGGUGGCCCACUACAACCGCGAGCGUAUCCGUCGCGGUGCGACGGUCGACAAGGCCGUCGUGCGCAAGAACCUCGGCCGUCUAACGCGCCUGUACCUCAAGGCCGAGCAGGAGCGCCAGAACUCGUACUUGAAGGACGGACCCUACAUUUCGUCCGAGGAGGCCGUAGCCAUCUACACGUCGACUGUACACUGGCUCGAGAGCCGCAAGUUUGCGCCCAUCCCCUUCCCGCCUUUAUCGUACAAGCACGACACCAAGCUGCUGGUCCUCGCACUUGAGAAGCUCAAGGAGGCGUACAGUGUGCACGGCCGUUUGAACCAGUCGCAGCGCGAGGAGCUCGCGCUCGUCGAGCAGGCGUACGACAAUCCGCACGAAUGUCUGUCGCGUAUCAAGCGCCUGCUGCUCACGCAGCGUGCGUUCAAGGAGGCCGGUAUUGAGUUCUUUGACACGUACGAAAAGCUCAUCCCGUGCUACGACAUUGAGCCCGUCGAGAAGAUUACCGACGCCUACCUCGACCAGUUCCUCUGGUACGAGGCGGACAAGCGCCACCUGUUCCCUGCCUGGAUCAAGCCCGCCGACACCGAGCCCCCUCCCUUGCUUGUGUACAAGUGGUGCCAGGGAAUCAACAACCUGACGGACAUCUGGGACACAAACGACGGCGAAUGUGUGGUCAUGAUGGAGAGCGUCCUAUCGCGCAUGUGGGAGAAGGUCGACUUGACCCUCUUAAACCGUCUCCUCCGCCUAGUCAUGGACCACAACUUGGCCGAUUACAUCACGGCACGCAACAACUUGACGUUGACGUUCAAGGACAUGUCGCACAUAAACGGGUACGGUAUGAUCCGCGGAUUGCAGUUCUCGUCGUUCGUCUCGCAGUACUACGGUCUCGUGUUGGACCUCCUCAUCCUCGGCCUGCAGCGUGCGUCCGAGAUGGCCGGCCCGCCCUCCGCCCCCAACUCGUUCCUGCAGUACCGCGACACGGCGAGCGAGACGCGCCACCCGAUCCGCUUCUACAGCCGCUACGUUGACCGUAUCCACAUUCUCUUCCGCUUCACCGCCGAAGAGUCGCGUGACCUCAUCCAGCGCUUCCUCUCGGCCAACCCAGACCCGAACAACGAGAACGUCAUCGGAUACAACAACAAGCGGUGCUGGCCUCGCGAUUGCCGCAUGCGUCUCAACAAGCACGAUGUCAACCUCGGCCGCGCCGUGUUCUGGAACGUCAAGAACUCGCUCCCGCGCUCGCUCACCACCAUCGAGUGGGAGGACACCAUGUGUAGUGUGUACUCGAGGGAGAACCCGCAGCUCCUCUUCUCGAUGUGCGGCUUCGAGGUGCGUAUCCUCCCCCGCGUGCGGACCGAGAACGGCGAGCAGUACACGCUCAAGGACGGAGUGUGGAACCUCGUGCAGGAGAGCACCAAGGAGCGCACGGCGCAGGCCUUCCUGCGCGUCUCGGACCCUGGCAUCGCCGAGUUCAACAACCGCAUCCGCCAGAUUCUCAUGUCAUCGGGUUCCGCGACAUUCGCCAAGAUCAUCAACAAGUGGAACACGGCCCUCAUCGGCCUGAUGACCUACUACCGUGAGGCGGUGGUCACCACGCCCGAGCUGCUCGACUCGCUCGUCAAGGCCGAGAACAAGGUCCAGACUCGUGUCAAGGUCGGCCUCAACUCGAAGAUGCCGUCUCGUUUCCCGCCGGCUGUCUUCUACUCUCCCAAAGAGCUGGGUGGUCUGGGCAUGCUGAGUAUGGGUUUCGUGCUCAUCCCGACGUCUGACCUUCGUUGGUCCAAGCAGACGGACGGCGGCGGCAUCUCCCACUUCCGCUCGGGCAUGACGCACGAGGAGGACGCCCUCAUCCCCAACCUCUACCGCUACAUCCAGCCGUGGGAGGCCGAGUUCCUCGACUCGGCCCGCGUGUGGUCCGAGUACGCGAUGAAGCGCAAAGAGGCAACCGCCGCGAACCGGCGCCUGACGCUCGAGGACCUGGAGGACUCGUGGGACCGUGGUAUCCCCCGUAUCAACACGCUGUUCCAGAAGGACAGGCACACGCUCGCGUACGACAAGGGUUGGCGUGUGCGCGUCGCCUUCCAGCAGUACCACCGUCUCCGCGCCAACCCGUUCUACUGGACCAACCAGCGCCACGACGGCAAGCUGUGGCAGCUCAACUCGUACCGUGUCGACAUUAUUGCGGCACUCGGCGGUGUCGAGGGUAUCUUGGAGCACUCGGCGUUCAAGGCGACUGGUUUCCCGAGCUGGGAAGGUCUGUUCUGGGAGCGUUCUAGUGGUUUCGAAGAGUCGAUGAAAUUCAAGAAGCUCACGAACGCGCAACGUUCGGGUUUGAACCAAAUUCCUAACCGUCGCUUUACACUCUGGUGGUCCCCGACGAUCAAUCGCGCCAACGUCUACAUCGGUUUCCAGGUCCAGCUCGACCUCACGGGCGUGUUUAUGCACGGCAAGAUCCCGACACUCAAGAUUUCGCUCAUCCAGAUCUUCCGUGCCCACUUGUGGCAGAAGAUCCACGAGUCCCUCUGCAUGGACAUCUGCCAGGUCCUUGACCAGGAGAUGGAAGCCCUCGGCAUCGAGUCCGUCCAGAAGGAGCAGAUCCACCCGCGCAAGUCUUACAAGAUGAACUCUUCGGCGUCGGAUAUUCUCCUGUUCGCCUCGCACAAGUUCCUCAUCACGCGGCCGUCGCUCCUCAACGACAACCGCGACACUAUGGACGGUACAACGUCGAACAAGUUCUGGAUCGACAUCCAGCUGCGCUGGGGUGACUUUGACUCGCACGACAUUGAGCGCUACGCGCGUGCAAAGUACCUCGACUACUCGAGCGACUCGCAGUCGAUCUACCCGUCGCCGACCGGUACCCUCAUCGCAGUCGACCUAGCGUACAACAUCUACUCGGGCUACGGCUGCUGGUUCCCUGGAUUCAAGCCGCUCAUGCAGCAGGCCAUGGCCAAGAUCAUGAAGGCCAACCCGGCGCUGUACGUCUUGCGCGAGCGUAUCCGCAAGUCGCUCCAGCUCUACUCGUCCGAGCCGACUGAGCCGUACCUCAACUCGUCCAACUACUCGGAGCUGUUCUCGAACCAGGUCAUCUGGUUCGUCGACGACACCAACGUGUACCGUGUUACCAUCCACAAGACGUUUGAGGGCAACUUGACGACCAAGCCGAUCAACGGUGCCAUCUUCAUCUUCAACCCGCGUACUGGUCAGCUGUUCCUCAAGAUCAUCCACACGUCCGUGUGGGCGGGCCAGAAGCGUCUUGGUCAGCUCGCCAAGUGGAAGACUGCCGAGGAGGUUGCGGCACUGAUUCGUUCGCUUCCCGUCGAGGAGCAGCCCAAGCAGGUCAUCGUCACCCGCAAGGGUAUGCUGGACCCGCUAGAGGUCCACCUGUUGGACUUCCCUAACAUUGUCAUCAAGGGUUCCGAGCUGCAGCUCCCCUUCCAGGCGACGCUCAAGAUGGAGAAGUUUGGAGACCUCAUUCUGCGCGCAACGCAGCCCCAGCUUGUGCUCUUCAACCUGUACGACGACUGGCUCAAGAGCAUUUCGAGCUACACGGCGUUCUCACGUCUCAUUCUCAUCCUCCGUGCGCUCCACGUCAACAACGAAAAGUCCAAGAUUAUCCUGCGCCCCGACCGCAACACGAUCACCGAGUCGUACCACGUCUGGCCGACGCUUUCGGACGAGGAGUGGAUGAAGGUCGAAGUUGCACUCAAGGACGUCAUUCUCACCGACUUUGGCAAGCGCAACAGUGUCAACAUUGCGUCGCUCACAGCGUCCGAAAUCCGCGACAUCAUCCUCGGUAUGGAGAUCCAGGCGCCGUCGAUCCAGCGUCAGCAGAUGGCCGAUAUCGAAAAGUCGACCGAGGCGACGGCAGCCGUAACCGCUGUCCAGCACCAGACGACCAACAUCCACGGCGACCUGAUCCAGACGGUCACGUCGACGCAGUACGAGGUUGCGUCGUUUGCGUCCAAGUCGGACUGGCGCGUGCGUGCCAUCUCUGCGACCAACCUGCCGUUGCGCACAAACCACCUCUACGUCGGCAACGACGAGGUCAAGGACGACGCGGGUGCGCUCACGUUCGUCAUGCCCAAGAACAUCCUGCGCACGUUUGUCGUCUCUGCCGACUUGCGCACGCAGGUCGCUGGCUUCCUGUACGGUGUCUCGCCGCCCGACAACAGCCAGGUUAAGGAGAUCAAGGCCAUCGCGUGGGUACCUCAGCGCGGCACAGCGACCUCGAUCGAGUUACCUCACGAGCUGCCGCAGCACGACUUCCUUCUCAAGGGCCUCGAGCCACUUGGCUGGAUCAAGACGCAGAACCAGGAGCUCAACCACCUCGCGCCCCAGGACGUGACGACGCAGGCCAAGAUCAUGGCGGCCAACCCCGACUGGGCGCCGACGAGCGUGUGCGUCACGGCUGCGUUCACGCCCGGUUCGGUCUCGCUCAACGCGUGGGAACUCACCGUUGCAGGCUUUGAAUGGGGCCGCAAAAACGAGGACCAGAGCGGCCAGUUCCCAGGCUGGAACGCGAGCAUGGCUUCCCGCGUCCAGCUCCUUCUCACCGACCGUAUUCUUGGCAUGACGCUCGUGCCCGAAGGCGGGGCUUGGAACUACGGCGUCGGGCUGACCCAGUCCUGGACCGACAAGAUCCACUACAACAUGACGCUCGACCGGCCGCAGCCGUUCUGGGCGCCUGUGCACCGUCCUGCGGCGUUCCUCACAUUCACACAGAUGGAGGGCGACGACAGCGCCGACGUCGAGAACGCGCUCGAGUAG